UAUUUGUGUAUAUGGCGGUUUCUUUAAAUCAAUCCAACUCGAAAGAUAGGUAUAUUAUUUACGACAGUCGUCUUUUGCAAAGAGAAGAAUUUCUUAACGUUCCUCACUUCAACUCUGAAACCUGAAGACUCGUAUAGAAUAAAGUUUAAAUAUCAUAAUUGCGACAUUCCUGUGACGUCAUUAUAACAUCGCAGAAACGUAUUCAGCAAUGUUGAUUGUUUUCGCCACAGUAUCUGUACAGCAACGUGUGAAGUGUUAUUGUGAUACACUAGUAUGAUGUGUAAUCUGUAUGCCAUAUGACAAGCCGGUUUCUAGAUGUUGCCUCAUUGUUUCCUUGUGAACUAUAUGGCACUCGACGUAUUUCAGUUCGUGGAACGUGGUUCUCAAUGGAUUAUUGUACUUUUUAAUUUGUCUUCCAAUGGCUAGCGAGAGGUGGUAUUUUUCCAGAGAGCAGCUAGAAAAUACGCCUAGUAUUAAAUGUGGCUUUGAUAAGGACAGAGAACUGUCGUACCGGCAGCAAGCAGCCAAUUUCAUUCAGGACAUGGGCCAGAAAUUAAAGGUUAACCAGUUGUGCAUAAACACAGCUAUCGUUUACAUGCAUCGGUUUUAUAUGUUUCAUUCAUUUACGCAAUUUCAUCGGCAUUCUGUGGCUGCAGCAUCCUUAUUCCUUGCAGCGAAGGUUGAAGAACAGCCCCGAAGAUUGGAACACAUCAUUCAAGUGGCACACAUGUGUUUAUGUCGUGAUCGUCAGCAACCGCUUGACACCAAAUCAGAACGUUACUCGCAAGAAGUAUGUGACUUAGUAUUCAAUGAAAAUGUCCUGUUACAAACUCUUGGAUUUGAUGUAGCUGUUGAUCAUCCUCACACACAUAUAGUGCGUUGUUGUGAUAUGGUCAGAGCUAAUAAAGACCUUGCCCGGACAUCGUACUUUAUGGCUUCAAAUAGUUUACACUUAACAACCAUGUGCGUGCAAUACAAGCCAACACUUGUAGCGUGUUUCUGUAUUCACUUAGCUUGCAAAUGGUCGAACUGGCAAAUACCUAAGUCUAGUGAAGGUAAAGACUGGUUUUGGUACGUUGAUAAAACAGUUACGCUAGAACAGCUGGAGCAGUUGACGUCCGAAUUUUUAGUAGUAGUAGACAAAUGCCCCACAAAACUGAAACGAAGGUUAGCCGCUGCUGCUCCAGCAUCAUCAGGAAAUAAUGUACCACUUCCCAGACCAGAACUUCCAACUACAAGUGAAAAUGUGAGUUCACCAAAGAACUUAGAGGAAAAACGCAGUGGGCAUUUAGUUACAAAAACUCUCAAUAUUGUAUCAAGAGAAGACAGUAGAUGUUUUCAGCUGAAACCAAGUGCUCCUUCGAAACGUGAAGAGCAAAAUACACAAGUGAAGCAUCCAGAGAAGUGGGACCAUGGUAGUGGGAGACAAGGGGAACAAAUAGCCUUCAUGGGAGGAACCAGGACUAUUAUUCAGAAAAACAGUAUUGAUCACAUUUCAAGUAGCUUGAAUGGACCCAGCAGCAGCAGCAGCAGUAGUAGUAGUACUACCACUACUUUAAUUAGACAAACAUCUUUGAAACCACACCAACAAAAAAGGAGUUCCUCGUGGCUUAGUGACAGUUCUGCAAUGUCAGACAGCAGUACUCUUGCGUAUCAAAGUGAUCAGUACUGUCAUGAGAAAUAUGUAACUGAACCUGUGACCAAAAGGCAAAAACAGUGACAUAAGAUGUUAAAAUGAUUGUUGUAAUUGGAAUGUGCCUUUGAAAACACUUUCUCAGGAAAUGCCAGCCAUGUCAGAAAAGGUUAAGACUUUUUGUGAAUUUUUGUAUGUAACGUAUCUGUGAUAAUGAUCGAGUCAUGAACUUUAGUUCCUUGCAAUAAAAAAUGCUUUUAUUUUGAUGUUAUGUGCAUGUGAGAGAGAUAUAGGCGAUGUUACUUACAAAUGAUAAUGUUAUCUCUGUCCUGAAGCUCAUUCUUUUAAAGCCCAUGCUGCUAAAUUACUUUCAGAUAGGCCUAUACAGUAAGGAUUUCCAUUUGUAAAUCUUUGUUAAUAAAGAAUGUAGUGAGGGAACCAAAGGUGUGCCAUUUAAGGUAAGAUGAUGUACCUGAUAUAAGAAAUAUACAGUAUUGAAUGUGUUGUGCACAUUUGCAAGCAGAUAUGUGGUGUUUAAUUUCAUUUUUAGGCAAUGGUUUUGUUCAGAUAUCCAGUGCUUGAUAUUUGUUUUUAUGUAGCAAGUUCAAGAUUGUAUUAAUUAUUUGAGAAUGGUGUGACAUGGUUUCUUCAGCUCUUUGGUGUAAAGCAUUUAUUCAUUAUCACUUACUAACGCUUUACUUUAGAUAUACAUGGAAACUUCCACAAAUUCACUAGAAUAGUCGUCUCCAGCAAAUGUAAUAUCACAUAAAACGCAAGUACCCUAAAAACUGUUUUUAUUUAGGUACAUCUGUAAUUUGUCUCUUAUCUUUGAAACAUUGUUUAAAAAAAUAUGUAGAAUUUAGUUAGUUGUGCAAUAUUAAAUAAUUUAAUUUUCAAGGUUAAUUAUAACCAAAGGGCUGUAUUAUCCCCUCCUUUAUUAGUGUGAACCUUGAAUAUAUGCUGUUCAUGUGAGGUUGCAGCUUAAAAUAAAGAACUGUUGCAUUUAUGGUGUAUUUACAAUGCUUUAGUAACAAAAUUUUACAGUGAUAAGAGUAUUGUUACCAUUUUCAUAAAUUCACCACCAUUUUCAGUUGCUAACCUGAUGCGGAACACUUUAUUAUAUAUAGUUUAACAUAAAAUACUAAGCAUGGAACUGUACUUACCCUCAUUUAAGUUUGUCUUGUUUUUGUUUUUUAUAAAUUGAUUCAUUUCAUUAAGAAGCAUGCAGCUUCACAUGUUACAAAGUGUUUUUGUUGAGCAAAUACUGUUGAUAUUUUUGUAUGUGAUAAGGUGGUUUGUUUUUCAGAUUUUAUUUUUACUCAUACCCUAUUACUGUUACGUACUUAAGUACCAAAAUCACUCGAGGUAUUUGAAAGGUCUUGAAAUUUGCCACAAUAUUUGUCAUAUUUCGCAGUGAAUAAAAUUUAAAAACUGCUUAAGAGGAGAGAUAUUUUAGAACCACUGAAAUUUACUUCAAUCGCUUCUGGAAGAUGAUAAAACUUUCAUUUCUAUCAUGAAGUAAGGACCUUUAUCUGUUAAGAGGAUUUCAUACAAAUCAGGAGGAUCUGCAUGCUAUUUAUCUAGACACAGUACUGUUUGUGGACAGGUCUAUUUAAAACUUUGUAGAUUUGUUUUCAACCUUUAAUAUGUUGCAAAAUCCUGAUGUGGAAGAGAAAUAACAACAGUAAUAGAAACAACUCAACAUAUAGUUGAGGUGCUAAGCAAUGAUGAAAU